CACGCGCAAGCGGUGAGUCGUCGUGCGAGGCCGAGGCCCUGAGUCUUGACCCCCUCUACACCUUUUCUCUCUCUCCAUCCCCUCUCGAUGCUCGACUUUGCCAUCAUGUCACUUUCUCCUUUCUCCUCAUUUAAUACAUACAUUUUUUUUCUAUUAUUCUUAAUAUUAUGUAUGGGCUGGUAUUAAAACUGUGAGCUCCCAAUCGGGGUGCCCUUUUCUUUUUUGGACUUUCUGAUUCGUGUUUUUGCGUGGUUUUUUUUGGGAGAUUGAAUAUUGAGCAGCGCAUGAGAAGGGGUUUUUUAGUUGGCAGUUUCCCUCGCGCAUGGCUGAUAGCAGAAGAUAUGCGUUGUUCUCUCCACAAUUAGAAGAAGUAAAGAAGAGUAGUGUUGCAGGGGAUGCAUCUUCUUCUCUCUCUUCUCUGCUGCCACAGAAUUGGCAGGCCCACCACCAAAAUGCCGUUUCUCUCUCUUCACCCAUCAACCAUCCCCAAGACAUUUCACAAAUACUAUUGGAAGCACAAAAUCGCUGGCUUCGUCCCAGUGAAGUUUGUGAAAUUCUUCGUAACUAUCAAAAGUUCUACUUGACACCAGACCCACCAUAUAAGCCCCCAGGUGGUUCCUUGUUUCUAUUCGAUCGGAAAACACUUCGUUAUUUUCGUAAAGAUGGCCAUCGUUGGAGAAAGAAGAAAGAUGGGAAGACAGUGAGGGAAGCCCAUGAAAAAUUGAAGGCUGGACGUGUUGAUGUUCUCCAUUGCUAUUACGCGCAUGGUGAGGACAAUGAGAACUUGCAGAGAAGAUGUUAUUGGAUGCUUGAUGCGAAAUUAGAACACAUUGUUCUUGUGCAUUACCGAGAGGUGAAAGAGGGUAACAGGUGUGGCAUUCCUCGUUUGUCAACUGCAGAUAAUGGAAUAGUUGCUCAGAGCAGUUCACCUGCCUGCUCCACACAGGGUAACUCUGCAGCUGUCACAACUCAGAUAUCUUAUGCAUCGAGUCCAAGUACAGCUGAUUGGAAUGGAGAAACCCGUUCACCUGACUUUGAUGAUGCUGCUGAGUCUGGGGAUGAUGAUGAUGCCAGUGCCUCUCAUCCGGGUUUUCAGUUUUCUUCUUUACAGGCAUUUGAUGGAACAAAUGCAACAGAGAGUAGAAGCUUUUUGUCUGAUCCCCAAUCAAGAGCCUUGCCAAAUAUCAUGGGGUUGGACAGGGGAUCAUGUGAUCCUUAUAAUGUUGAUCUAUCCUUUUCUGGAAAAUAUAUGCCCAAUGAGCUGCAUCACACUAACAUUGGUGUUUCACAAGAGGCUAACAGUAUUCCUAACAUCUGCUUGUCAUCUAGAAUGGGGGAAUCAUUAAAUUUAUCUCUCCAUAAAGGUUGGUCACCACAUAGCCAUGAUGCUAGUGCAUUGUGGCCUGAAAUUGAUAGUUCAAACAAAAUCACAUCAGAUGCAUAUGAGCAAAAGGUUACCCUCAGCCAAACUAAUGAUAUUGAGGAUUCCUCUGUGAAGCUGGCUGCUCCAGUUGUGGGUGGUAAUGGUCCGAUAAAAGAUGGCCGAGGUGAGGUAUAUGGGAUGUUUCCCGAUGUGCAUCUUGAAGCACUUGCCACAGGUGUGAAGCCAAUUUCUCAGGAGCAAGCAAAUGAGGGGAAUAUUGGACCUGCAGAUGGUUUUCUCGUGGACAAUCAGACAACUACUGCUGCAAGGCUUGUAGGUCAGGAUUCCAACAAGCACCAUCCUCAACAAAUGCCUAUACGAUUUCAGAAUGAUAGUGAGAUGGGCACCUUUCCUCAUGCAGGUGAGCAGCCCUUGAGGAUGGAUACUGAGGCUGAUGGUAUCCGCAAUAAUGCCCUGGUUAAUAACUCAUUUAAUGAUGAAGAAGGGCCUUUGAAGAAGCUUGACAGCUUUGGGCGAUGGAUGAGCAAGGAAAUUGGUGGGGACUGUGAUGACUCGUUGAUGGCCUCAGACUCGGGUAAUUACUGGAACACACUUGAUAAUCAGAAUGGUGAGAAGGAAGUAUCUAGUUUAUCACACCAUAUGCAGUUGGAUAUCGAUUCAAUGAGUCCAUCCCUUUCACAAGAACAAUUGUUUAGUAUUAUUGAUUUCUCACCAGAAUGGGCUUAUAGUGAUGUGGAAACAAAGGUUUUAAUCUCUGGUACGUUUUUGGGGGACAGCAAGUGCCUCUCAAGUCGAAAGUGGUCUUGUAUGUUUGGUGAAGUUGAGGUUUCAGCUGAAGUUUUAACAUCUGGCGUUAUCCGAUGUCAUGCUCCUCCACAUGGCCCAGGGCGAGUUCCAUUCUAUAUCACCUGUAGUGACAGGUUAGCCUGUAGUGAGGUUCGGGAAUUUGAAUAUCGUCAACGACCAUCUAUGUUUACACUGCCACCAAUGAUGAGUAGUAACUCAGUAGAUGAAACAAAUCUUCAAAUACGUUUUGCUAAGUUGUUGUACCUUGGAUCAGAAAGGAAGUGGUUGGAUUGCUCUGCAGAAAAUUGUGAAAAGUGUGGCUUAAGGAAACACAAGUUUUUCCUGAGAAGUAAUGACAAAACCGAAUGGGAUAACCUUGUGAAUUCUUGUAAAUCCUUUGGUAGAAAUCAUCAAAACUCUAGAGAGUUAUUGGUGCAAAAGUUGCUCAAGGACAGAUUGUCUGAGUGGCUUCUAUGCAAAGCUCAUGAAGAUGGAAAGGGACCCAAUGUUUUGGAUGAUGAAGGCCAAGGUGCUAUCCAUUUGGCAGCUGCCCUUGGUUAUGAAUGGGCCAUGGAUCCCAUAGUUGCUACUGGCGUGAAUCCCAAUUUCAGAGAUCUGCACGGCAGGACAGGACUUCACUGGGCUGCAUACUAUGGAAGAGAGGAAGCAAUUGUUUCUCUUGUCAGCCUAGGUGCAGCUCCAGGUGCUGUGGAGGAUCCUACUACGAAAUUUCCUGCAGGGAAAACAGCAGCUGAUCUAGCUUCAAGUCGAGGGCACAAAGGUAUUGCUGGCUAUUUAGCAGAAGCAGAUUUAACAAGCCACCUUUCUUCAUUGGGUUUGAAGGAGAACGCAAUGGACACCAUUUCUGCAACUAUUGCUGCCGAGAAGGCUAUGGAGACAGUGGAAGAGCAAAGUAUUGUACCUCUUGAUAGAGGGAGAGAGGAUAGCCUAUCCCUGAGAGGAUCACUUGCUGCCGUUAGGAAUGCGGCUCAAGCAGCACAUCGAAUUCAAGGUGCAUUUAGGGUCUACUCCUUCCGGCAUAGACAGCGACAGCAGAGGGAAAUUAAUGAUGUAAAAUUUGAAGUAACAGAAGAAGUAGCAGCCUUGAUAUCUGCAAACAGGGCUCAGAAGACAGGCCACUUCAGUGAUUCCUUACAUUCUGCUGCUCUUAAAAUUCAGCGAAAAUUUCGUGGUUGGAAAGGGAGAAAGGACUUCCUCAUUAUCCGUAACCGCAUCGUGAAAAUCCAGGCACAUGUAAGAGGAUACCAAGUUCGUAAGCAAUAUAGAAAGGUCAUAUGGUCUGUUAGCAUUGUUGAAAAAGCUAUUCUGCGUUGGAGACGGAAAGGAGCUGGAUUACGGGGAUUCCGGGCUGAAGCAAUAAAAAAUGUGGAACCAGAAGCUGUGAAGACUGAUGAAUAUGACUUUCUGCGUCUUGGUAGGAAACAGAAGGCAGCUGGUGUGGAGAAGGCUUUGGCAAGAGUUCAAUCAAUGGUUCGUUACCCAGAAGCACGUGAUCAGUAUAUGCGACUCGUGACCAAUUUUCAGAACACCAAGCUAGGAGAUAUGGGGAACUCUCAAGAUCAACCACUGUAAGUAGAAGAAACAGGAGAGAGGGGUACACUGGUUCUCAUGUCUGACUUGUAAAUCCUCUGGUUCAGCAUGCCGAUCCACCACAUUGUAUGUAUUUUGGGGCACCGCGUGUGAUGCAGCACUUGAAUGAAUGGGAGAAGGUUUACAUGUGGAGAACUUUUGUUUUUUUGUUUUCCUUGUAAAUUGCAGCAUAUAUACAUAUAUUCAGGGGUGGCGUUUAAACAAAACUAACCUUGUAUUUUUCAGAGGAAUGUAAAGUUUCUGAAGUCUGUUAGGAUUUGUACUGAAAACUGAAAACACUGAAAUAUAGUGAAAAACUGAAUCACUCACCCACUA